UGAUCAUAUCCUACUUUUUCCACGGGGGAUGUUAUUAUAACAAUUUGUAAAAUUGACAAAUGUCCCAAAAAGUGAAGUGGGCUGGAGCAGUUGUUUAGCAAAGAGACCACAACUGUCUCCUUUUUCAUUCUCUCAAAGUCCCACUAAUUUGUCAUUGUCUACCUCUUCAAUUCACUCUCUUCUAGAUUAUCUCCACAAAACUAGACACCAACUAUAUUUGUGGUGGUUUAGUUAUUUCCAUGAUCUUCCCUCACUUUUUUCUCAUUACUACUACUACUGUGUGUCCUCAACCAAGUGCAUCUUCAUCAGACACUGCUAUCAGGUUUUAGAUAUGUUUGACAUAUUGUUCGGUUGGUCCAAAGCAUCAAAAUGGUAACUAUACUAAUACUACUUGUAAAUCAAAAACCUGAGAUUAUGUUGAUUAGAAGUUAUGCAUGAGUUCAAGUGUUUUUUUGUUUUGGAUUUAUUGGUUUUUAGUAAGAAGGUGAUCAAAAGAGCACGGUGUCGGCUCAAGCUACUCAAGAACAAGAGGCAGGCAAUAGCAAGGCAACUGCGAAAAGAUUUGGCUGAGCUAAUACAAAGUGGCCAUGAAGAAACUGCUAUUAACCGGGUUGAGCAGCUUAUGGAAGAUGAAAGCCUAGUAGCUGCAUAUGAAAUGUUAGAUCACUUCUGUGAAUUUAUCCUUAUGCAACUCUCCUAUAUCCGGAGGCACAAGGACUGUCCAAAUGAUAUUAACGAAGCAAUUUCUAGUCUUAUAUUUGCUUCUGCAAGAUGUGGGGACAUUCCUGAGCUAUGUGUCAUCAGGAAGCUCUUUGGAAAACGUUAUGGUGAGAGGUUUGCAACUACAGCUGUGGAGUUAUUUCGAGGGAAUCUUGUAAACAAACAGUUAAAAGAGAAUUUGUCAAUUAAGUCUGUGCCAGAUGAUCUUAAGUACAAAAUGGUAGAUGAAAUAGCGAGGGACAACUGUCUCCAACCACAGGUUUUAGCCAUACAAUACUACCCUGAUUGGCAACAAGUGCAGCUGAAUGAAAACAGAGAGUUUCAACUAGCGGAAAGUGAUGCCCAAGUAAUUGAAACAAUGGCAGGAUCUAAAGUCCACCCUUCAGAGAUUGAAGAGAUAAAAAGAGAUGUCACAUGUGUUAAUUCAUCUAUUUCCAAACCAACUAACUCUUGUUCUCUGCCGGAAUCUAGUUUUGCUGAUUAUACUUCCGCAAUGGUGUCAUCGGUUCAGCAAUAUCCCCCAUAUAUCCUGAGAUGUCCUUUGGAAAAGAAAGUAGUUGAGAUUGACUUUCCUAAGCUACUUUCUUCUGUAAAUAUUGAUCUGCAAAAGAAGGGGGAAAGCAUGGCUGUAACAGCUUCUACCCAAAGAGUAAGUUUCCCUUCCUAUGCUGAAGAAAUGGAAGAUUAUGUGAAAGACAUUAAGGAAUGCCAAUUUUCUAUACCAAAAGAUGGUGCCUGCCAGGAUCAACUGCUAUUUAAGUUCAGAUAUUCUGGUAUGUCCAGGAGGGAAAUAACUCAAUUUCUUUAUGAUGAUGAUGAUGUUGAUAUGGGUCAAGAUGAAUCCGAGAGUGACAAGUCAAGCACAAGGACCUCAAGAAAGAGCAAAAGGGCACCUUUGAAAAGACUACGAAGGAGAUCAUCCUCCUUAGAAAACUUAGGCCUUAUGGAUAUUGGAUACAUGAUAUAUUAUAACAAGCCAUGCAGAAGUCCCUCUUCUCAUAAGCAUGGCACUCACCACCACAGACAGCACCAUAAGCCUUCCCUAGAAGGAAUCCCCCCAUCAAGUUAUGCCAAGAAAAGACUAAUGCUAAAUAGUUUCUCUGGAAAGGAAAAGGUUUUACAGUCAUGUCAGAGCAAAGAUUGCACAAGGAGAAAAAUUUUCAACUUAAAAAUGAGUGGCUCCUGCUUGGACCAGCCUAGUUACUUUUGCCUUUAUGAUGAUAAAGACUGUUUGGAUUUGGAGGCUAAAUCAAUGCAUCCAAAGAGAGGGAUUGAAGCCACACAUGUUCAGCAUGGAGUUCUGCAUGGUGAAUGUUGUCAUUGCCAACCCUUUUGGGAUGAUGGAAUUGAAUUGGUUACCAUUCCUCAAAGACCAAAUAGGAGGAGUUAUAGUGGUGCAGCUGAGUAUCAUGUAUUUAACUACCCAGAUUGCCAAGCUAGUAACAUAAACAUUGAAACAAAAGCAGAGAUUUAUACUUCCCCCAAUGUUUCCAAUCCAAGGACUAGUGAUUCCUUAACAAGAAUAGAAACAGAAGCUCCCUAUUCAAGGGCCAUGACUAUGCCCCAAGAGCGGCAUAGAAAUAGCAAAGACAAGAUGUUACGGACAUUUUCAUGUCCUUCUCAACAUCCUAAUCAUGUCCAUCCCAAGUUGCCAGACUAUGAUGACAUAGCUGCCAAGUUCACUGCUCUCAAGAGAGGGCGCCUGGAAACAAAGACUGCAAUAGGGACCAAAACAACUAGAGCAGAGUAGCCAUAUAUACAGUAUUUGUAUAGUACUGGCAUAUUAAAUUUUGAAUCACCCAUUAAGAUAGCUUUGUAUGAGAUUGUUUUUAGAUAUUACUAGCACUAAAUAUUCUUUGGCAUUCGACCAUGUAGGAUUACAAUAGUUAAUUUUCACUGGUAGUAAUAAAUAUGGGAGGAAUACACAUCUACCAUUUGUAAAUUUGCUGAUUACUUCGCCCACGAGUAUUGUUGUGAGAUUUGAGUUAAAUUAAUGUUAGUGUUAAUGUUAACU